CCACACCACCACCGGCAGCAGCGGCACGGGUCGCCCUCAGGAUGGCCUCUGCCCUCACCCAACUGCUGCGAUGUCCUCUCCUCACUGCGGCUAUUUUCAUCACUGGCAUCGGUGGCACCUUCCAGUUCGGUUUUCAAAUAUCUGUCCUGAACUCGCCGUCCACAUACAUCAGGGAGCUGAUUAACGUCACCUGUACGGAGCGGUACGGCCUCAACCUGCCGUCAUGGCAACUGUCAAUCAUCUGGUCCUUUGUGGUGUCAAUAUUCUCUAUUGGAGGGCUGAUUGGUGUUCACAGCACUAGGCGGCUGGUGGACAAAUAUGGCAGGUAA